GCCGUCCCCAACACCGUUCUCCUAGACCGUCAACAAGCUUGCCAAACCCAAAUGUCUUGCAGGACCCAACUGCACAGCUGCAAAAUUUUCCUCAGUAUCAGCAUUCAUCUCAGCCAGCAGCCACGAUAUUUCAACAUGGAAGUCAGCCCCUCAGUGCUUCUUCCAGGAGAUUUGCUCCGGUCCAACAAAAAGUAUCUCGAGGUUCAACCCCCAUUCAUGCCACAUCACCCUAGGCCACCAGCUAUGCCAGCAAGUAUACAACAACUACCAUUGACAAAUCCACAUCUUCCUCAGCUCACACCCGAUGUUGAGUCGGCUCUUCUGCAGCAAGUCCUGCAAUUGACACCCGAGCAGUUGAGUUUGUUGCCAGUAGAGCAACAGCAGCAGGUGAUUCAGCUUCAAAAGAUGCUCUCGGCUGGUAAAUAGCACCAUUUCUGUUGAUCAAGCUAUACGAAGUUGUGGACAAAAUGGUACAUUGUGAAUGAAGAAGAAACUGGACAGAUAUCCAGAGUUGAUUUGGCCAAGCCACACACAACACUUGUAACUUCCGUUGUUGGCAUUUCUGGGCCAUAGCUUGUUCUCAUGAGCAUUCUUCAGAUAUUCUUUGUACGGUUGGAGAUAAAAUAUGAUAAAGAAAGAUGUGAAGAAAGGCUCGUAUUGUUCAUCACUCAUGUAUCAUUAUUGGCAACAUGAUAGUUCAUGCUAUAAUAUUACAUUAUUUUCUAUGCUAGCAAUGUAUAAGUGACAGUGUUCCAGUGAUCUAUGUGCCUAAGAACAUGCUAUGAUGCUAAUGAUUUAUCUUUCUA